GUUUUAUCGACUCCCGUAAUUUUCCCGAGUUUAUUUGAAUAUUUUUACAUUUUAAUCAUGGAAAUUGCACUCAAAUUCAUGGGCCCUAACGUGACCGAAACUAUGCAUCGUAUCAAUGAGAACGGUAACGUUGUUGGAACAAUCAUAGUUAACGUGGAAGGGUUCCCGGAGACGACGACUCUGGAUAGCUUGACGGCAGCCACAUACUCAACACACAUGAGGAACCUGUCCCAUCAUGCUAGUAAUGCUCUCAAAGAAAUUGAUAUUUUGGAUGAGCUGUUGGUACUACGUCUGGUCUCCAAGAAGACCGAAGCCGUAGUAGCUCCGGACAAGGAAUUCCAUCUCAUUGUAGUUAUGAGAAAAUAAUAUGUUACAGGUAGGUAUGGAAGAAAUUGAUUGGGUAACGAGUACUAAGCGUUGUAUGCUUGCUCUCUUGUAAGAACUAUUUUGAAGGUGUCGAAGAUAGAAUAAUAAAUUUUA